CUGAUAUUUUCCAUGAAAAGAUAAAACUUUCUUUCGAGUCAACUUAAUCUACAAAGUCUACAAAGUCUGCAAAGUCUCUUUGUCCAUCCUUAAUUACUCCCACGUAGCUUUUCUAAAUAGAUCUGUGAUCUUGAUUCUUGAAGCUUUUCUCUCAAUCCUAUAGUAAUAUGGCUUCUUCUUCAUCUUUACCUCUUUCGAUUCCUUCAUCUUCAUCUUUACCUCUUUCGAUUCCUUCAUCUCAAAACUGGAAACACGAUGUCUUUCCAAGCUUCCAUGGGCCAGAUGUACGCAACACUAUUCUCAGUCACAUGCUGAGAGAGUUCAGAGACAAAGGAAUCAUCUCGUUCAUCGAUAAUAAUAUCGAGAGAGGAGAAUCCAUCGCUCCUGAACUCAUACAGGGGAUCAGAGGAUCUCAGAUUUUGCUCGUCUUGCUCUCCAAGAGAUAUGCUUCUUCGUCGUGGUGUCUUGACGAAUUGGUGGAGAUCAUGAACAGAAAAUCGGGUCAAAGGGUGAUGACCAUUUUCUGUAAUUUAGAUCCAACUGACGUAAAGAAACAGACAAGUUAUUUUGGGGAGGUUUUCGCAAAAACCUGUGAAGGAAAAACCGACGAGAGGAUUCGGACAUGGAAAGAAGCUUUGGAGGGUGUGGCCACAAUCGCCGGUUACCAUUUAAGAGAGAUGGACGAUGAAGCGGCAAUGAUCGAAAAAAUAGCCAUUGAUAUUUCACACAAAUUGAAUUUGGCUACCCCAUCACAAGACUUCAGCCGUUUUAUUGGGAUGGGAGCUCAUAUGGAAAGGAUGAAAUCAUUGCUACACCUACACUUGGAUGACGUGAGGAUGAUUGGGAUUUGGGGGCCUCCCGGGAUUGGUAAGAGCACCAUCGCCAGGUUUCUAUUUAACCAAUUCUCUAACAAUUUUUCACUCAGACUACAUAUGGUGGAUAUCAAAGAAAAUUAUCCACUAACCUGUCCCAAUGAAGUAAGUGUACAACUAAAACUGCAGAGAGAGAUGUUGUCUAAGUUGCUUAAUCACAAAGCUAAUCCCAUCACUGAUUUACAAGUUGCACAAAGAAGGUUGAACGACAAGAAAGUCUUUCUUGUUCUUGAUGAAGUGGACCGAAUAGCACAACUAGUGGCCUUGGCCGAAAGAAAACAGUGGUUUGGUCCUGGAAGUCGAAUUAUCAUCAUAUCAGAAAAUAAAGAAGUUUUAAAUGCACAGGGGGUCGACGAUAUUUACAAAGUAGGUUUUCCAGCAACUAGUGAGGCUUUGGAGAUGUUUUGCAUGUAUGCUUUUGAUCAGAAGACCCCUAAAGAUGGUUUCAUACAACUUGCUUACGAAGUUACCUACCUUGUCGAGAAUCUCCCUCUAGGGCUUAAGGUUAUGGGCUACCACUUUCGAAACAUGCUCAAAGAGACGUGGAUAAAGGAAAUACCAAGAUUAAGGAGUUGCCUCCAUAGAGAAAUUGAUGGUGUUUUAAAGUUCAGUUAUGAUGCUUUAGAUGACGAAGAACAACAUUUAUUUCUUCAUAUAGCAUGUUUAUUCAAUUACGAAGAAGUUGAGAAAGUGGUAGAGUAUCUUGAAAGGAGAUUCCCAAAUGUUGAGCGACAGCUUAUGAUCUUAUGUGAGAAAUCACUCAUUUCUACUGAAUAUGGGAUGGUAGUCAUGCAUGAUCUGCUAAUCCAGAUGGGUAGAAAUAUUGUUCGCAAACAGUCUCCUGAACUUGAGCAGCGCCGAUUUUUGAUUGAGAUAGGAGACAUUACUGAAGUACUAAAUAAUGAUGCACCAGGUGCAAUUAGAAGUGUUAUAGGCAUAUAUAUUAAUAUGAAGAUGAAAGACAAAAUAAAUAUAGAUGAUAGAGGAUUUGAAAGAAUGUCUAAUCUCGAAUUCUUAAGAGUAGAGGGGAUUUUAUCACAUGGUCCAAGCUAUAUUUCUCCAAAACUUCGAUUACUAUAUUGGAAUAAGUUUCCAAUGACACGUUUGCCUUCUCCUGUCAAACUGGAGUACCUCGUGGAAAUAUACAUGCCAUUCAGCAAGCUUGAAAAGUUGUGGGAAGGAAAUAUAUCAAUCCGAAAUCUGAAGAGGAUGACUUUAGAUAAUUCAUCAAAUUUGAAGGAGCUUCCUAAUCUCUCAACUGCCACUAGUCUCAAAGAGUUACGACUCAACGGUUGCUCAAGUCUGAAGAAGCUGCCUUUUUCUAUUGGAAGAGCAAUCAAUCUCCAAAAAUUAUAUCUCUAUGGAUGUUCAAGUCUUGAGAAGCUGCCUUCUUCUAUUGUGAAUGCAACUAAUCUACAAGAAAUAGAUCUUACGCAAUGCUCAAGUUUGGUGGUGCUGCCUUCUUCUAUUGGAAAUGCAGCUAAUCUCCAAAAAUUAAAUCUCAAGGGAUGUUCAAGUUUGGUGAAGCUACCUUCUUCUAUUGGAAAUGCAGCUAAUCUCCAAAAAUUAUAUCUCAUGGGAUGUUCAAGUUUGGUGGGGAUGCCUUUCUCUAUUGAGAAUGUCAUAGUGAAUUCUUGUCCCAGAGUUUCGGAGGUGGGUUGUUGGACGGAUGCUAAAGAUCAAUUGGAUUUUAGUGGAUACUCAAGUUUGUUGCGAAUCCCUUCUUCUAUUUGGAAUGCCUCUAAUCUCAAAGGUUUAGAUUUUAGUGGAUGCUCAAGUUUUGUGGAAGUCUCGGCCUCUAUUGGAAACCUUCAUCAACUAGUUUUCUUGGGUUUCAAAGGAUGCUACAAGCUAGAGGUUUUACCAGUCAAUGUCAAUUUGAAAUCUCUCGAAAGACUUGAUCUUAGUGGUUGUUCUUCACUACGAACUUUUCCUGAGAUCUCCACAAAUAUAGAAGAUCUCAAUCUUAGUGGAACUGCAAUAAAAGAAGUGCCUUCAUCAAUCAGGACUUGGUAUUGCCUUGAAGUACUCAUACUCAAGGACUGCAGAAAUCUCUUGUCGCUCCCACAGCUUCCGCAAUCCCUACAGGAACUAAAUGCGGUAAAUUGUGAGUCUUUAGAGAUAGUAAAUUGCUUCUGUAGCAAUUCAGGAUUUUUUAUUUCCAACUUUGCUAACUGCUUCAAACUAAAUAAAGAAGCGAGAGAUUACAUCAUCCAGUCAUCCAUAUGUUUCACCGUCUUCCCUAGUACAAAAAUCCCUACAUCCUAUAGAGAUUUCAUCAUCCAUUCACCCAUGAGUUUCACCGUCUUACCUGGUACAGAAAUCCCUACAUACUUCACUCAUCGAGCUAAAGGAGGUGACCUAGUAUUGACGUUGAACGAGAGGCCUUUUCCUUGUAAAGUGAAAUUUAAGGCUUGCAUUUUGCUGGUUAGUAAGAAUGAGGUUAAAGUUGGUGAAGGAGAAGAGAAUGACGUUGAAGAUGGUGAUAAGGAGAAUGAUGUUGAAGAUGGUGAUGAGGAGAAUGCCAUGGAAGAUAGUAAUGGGGAGAAUGGCAUUGAAGAUAGUGAUGAAGAGAAUGAUGUUAAAGAUGGUUAUGAAGAGGAAAAUGACAUCGAAGAUGGUGAUGAGGAGAAUGAUGUUGAAGAUAGUGAUGUGGAAAAUGACACUGAAGAUGGUGAUGAAGAGAAUGACGUUGAAGAUAGUGAUGAAGAGUAUGACAGUGAGGAUGACGGGGUUUCUGCAACUGUUAUGAUCAUGGACAAAGAUAAUAGCGAUGUUGUUAUACACUAUAACCCAUUCUUCUAUCUACAUAACUCCUUAACUGAGCAUUUGUACAUCUUCGAAUUUGACACACAUGUACUUGUGAACGAGAUUUUCAUUAAAUUCUCGAUCGACGUAGAUGAAUUUGUGAUAAAAGAAUGUGGGGUUAAUUAUGAACACUGUGAAGCUGAAAGUGCAGAGACAGAGAAGAGAAGCAUGGAUGAAAAUGGAUAUACUUUGGCGAUUACUGAUACUAUCUCCAAGUCCUCAAGUAACUGUGAAGCUGGUUGUUCCAAGUCAAAGGUUAUUGAGAUGAGUUUGGAUGAGGAAAAUGUUAUCAAAGCUACACGUGAACAUGGAGAAGAAAAUAUGGUACAAAUAACGAAUGCAUUCGUCUCUUCUGAGAUAAGUGUUGUCCCUUCAGUGGUUGGGAUCAAUGGCGAUUGUGAAGCUGAAGAAGAAGUAAAUGGAAAUAAUGGUGUAGAGACAAAGAAGAGAAAAGAACAAAUUCCCUUCAUGGACACGAGAAGAACUUUAGAGGUUGGGAACAGUGGAGACUGUGAAGCUAAUGAAGAAGUUAAUGAAAAUGACGGUGUAAAGGUAAAGAAGAGCAGAGUAUCUUUGUUAUAAUAGAUAUUGUUGCUUUGUUAUUUGUUUGACGAUGAUGGAAAAUAAAUUUGGUGGAUUCAUCAAAAUAAUUACCAAUAGGACAUAGAUAAAUGAAAUGAACUGGAUACUUUUUUGUU